AUGGACCCAGCCGAGGUGCCCAACCAGUCGGAGUCGCGCCGGCGCGCUGCGCGCGACCACCAGCCAGCUUUUCAGCGAGGUCGAGCACGGGCCCCUGCGGCUCUCUCUCGUCGCGUGACCGCCGCCGACAUCAUGUGCUCGGUCGUCCCCGCCGGCGCGGAGCUGCGCCACGUCGAAUUGUUCGGCACCUCGCGACGGGUCGGCGCACUCGUGCGGCUCAGCAUGGACCUACGGAGCGACUCCGCCGCGGCUCGGCGCUGCCCAUGGCAGCAACAGGGGCGCGCCUGA